GUUGUGUAUUACAAGGAUCGCCUUUCAAAGGAUGCUUUAAAAUCCUAUUAUGCCAUUGGUGGACGUAGUCCGACUGAAUGUGGUUUUGCAGUAAUGGAUAAUGAGGGCUCAUACUCUCUCAACAGAAAACAUACUGCUCUUCCUGUUAUAGGUGUUGCUGUCACAGGUGUUAGCAUCACAGCAUCAUCUGUGGUAAAGCGUACAGUGGUCGAUGUUACAACACACAAUGUA